UUUUACGGAUUAAAAUACACGGUCGGCUAAAAGAGAAGCAGCUACAGCCGCAGUGGUAGAUUUUUACCAAUUAUCCAUGAUCACGCCCGCAAGAAACGUCAAUUUGCCAGAACGCUCAACCUUUUUUGGUGACAAGGCAUAUCGAGCGUUUAAGAAAAUGCCAAUCUUGUCUCAACUAUCGCGCCGAUUUCACGAUAUGUUGACGACUGACGCCAAACCGGAUCCGCCGCGGACUGGAAGCUACAUGCACAAUCUUCCAUCGACUCCGGACGAGGAGUUGAUAAAAACGCAAUCGAACUCGAUGCCCGCCAUGCCAGAAAAAGAGCAGGAAAAUGUGACGUCGAUACAAGAGGAAAAAUCGAUACCGAAUGGCGCAAGGCCGACGACACCCACCGAUUUUUGUACAAAGCCGGAAGACUUCAAUGACACAAGGUCGACAAGCGAAUCAAAGGAGCACAAACGACCAAGGACAAAGACGAAAUCAAAAUACAAAUAUUCACAAGGUACGAAUGUGGUAAAUUACAACAUAGUCAACUCCAAUGGAGUGAAGAUCGGCUCGCGCACAAGCUACAUAUGCAAUGUAAAUCAGUAUCCGACGAACAAUAAUGCGACACAGUCCGAGACGAAUUCGAAGCCCAAGCAUCGGCCGAUGCCCGAGGAUGUGGAAGAGUUAAGCACGUGCGAAGAGGAGCUCGAGUUCGACGACAUGUUCAUUCUUAAGACACACAUUGGGCACGGAUGGCGGGAUGUCGCGAGAAGACUCUCGUAUUCGGACGGACAGAUCGACCAGUUCGAGGAGAAUUAUAGACACAAGGGUAUCGAUGAGGUAAUUUAUCAGUUACUUCUUGAUUGGAAGCAAGCUAACACACACGAUGCUCAACUCGGCACGUUAGUUAGCAUACUGUGGUCUUGUCAGGAGUACGACUGCGUCGAACGAUUAGUUGCAGCUCGCAAGAAUCCGUCUUAGUUGAAUGCGACAAAUAAAAAUAUCUACCCAACUAACGCUUGUACAUACGCUUACGCGAACGAUUGUGAUUAUUUUUUUUACUCGAAAUAGCAUUUUAUUGUUUUUAUACAUAUUUUAAUGUAUAGUUUAUAGUCACACGAUAUACGCACCAUUCCGAUUGCAAAAAUCGGUUAGAUCGACUGAAAAAACAUUGUUCUAGACUAAUUCGUAUUCAGUCUUGGAUACAACAUUGUAUGGAAUCGCAUUGAACCCGCAUUUCAAGUAGGAACAUGAUCUGGUUAAUGAUACAUUAUAGACGAACUUUGUAACAUCGCUUUGCGCGAUACAUAUGUGUAAUACUACAAUGUGU